AUGCGCGCUUCCACUGCUCUUGCCUUUGCCGCUGGCGUAUCAGCACAAUAUUCAGAAUGGCUCCUACCCGCUAACCCAGGAGGUGCAGUGCCAGCCGGAGUCAAGACACCAAGCACAUCCGGAUUUGACAACCCCACGAUUCAGCCAGCUCGUGGCGGCCUCGCAGUCUGCGUAUCUGGCACUGUUUCUGUCGAGGCGAGCACCUCUCGGAACCUCAAGUUUACUUUCGAGCUACCCCAGAACCAGUCCCAGGUAACGAAUACGUUUCUCAAGCUCCUCAGCAACCCCAGCCCAUUUGCACAAGAACUGGUCGGCGGGACACAGAGCGUCAGUGGAACGUAUGAGAUCGGCGUAACACUGUGUACACCGGCAAAUAAUACUACUCCCGACCAAGUGCAGCUCCUAACGCAUGGUAUUGGCUUCGAUAGGUACUACUGGGACUUCGCGCCAGGAUACAGCUACGUCGAUGUAGCCGCGCAAUACGGCCACGCAACCUUGCUCUACGAUCGUCUCGGUGUAGGCAAGUCGACUAAAGCCGAUCCCCUGAACGUCGUACAAGCCGCCCUCGAAGUCGAAAUCGCAAACAUACUCGCGCAGAAGUUGCGAGCCGGAGCGUUCAGCAGUCACGCAUUCUCCACCGUCAUCGGCACCGGCCACUCCUUCGGCAGCAUCAUCACGCAAGCCGUCACUUCGCAGUACCCCCAGGCCAUCGAUGCAGCGAUCCUCACUGGCUUCUCCGCCAACUCAACCGGUGUAGCGCCCUUCACCCUCGCCCUCAAUCUAGCCAUCGCCUCCCAGAACCAGCCGUACCGCUUCGGCGCCCUCAACAACGGCUACCUCGUCGACGGCAGCGCCACUGCCAGUGAGAUCUGCUUCUUCCACGCGCCCGGCUUCGACCCCGAGAUCCUCAGUCUCGCAGAAGCGACCAAGGGCACCGCCACGUUCGGCGAGUUUUUCUCCAUCUCGGCGGUGACGAGGCCGGCGGCCAACUGGACGAAACCCGUAGCGGUCAUCAAUGGCGACGAGGAUCUCGCGUUCUGCUUUGGCAACUGCAGUGCUCCGGUUAACAAGGCGGAGGCUGUGUUCCCCUUGCUGUAUCCUCGGGCGAAAACAACGGGGGCGUAUUUGGCCAGAAAUACGGGCCAUGGGCUAAACUUGCAUUAUUCGGCCAUGGAGGCUUACCAUUAUAUUCAGGAGUUUAUUGGCAAGAAUGUGCGUUGAGUGGAUGGCGGUCCUGAUUUCGGGAGGCAAUUGUGUGUGUCAAGAGUAGUCUGUAGCCAGCAGGAAGUCCAAUGUGCUGUUAUUACAUUUGCUGAAUAAACCGGAGAUCGGCUGUCUGGAGAUGAACCUCCACUUAUCUACAUUCGGAUUUCUUGAAUUGGUUCACGGACCACAAUGGAUUGGUCAAGUAUGGUCGAAGUAUGAUGGCAUAUCUUAGUGCUGAGCUGCUAGUGGGG